CUCUGACAUCGAUUCACCGGCCUGUUGCUGGACAGGCUGCGUGACAGGCUGCUGCCCUCGCCCGCCUUAGUAGCUGCUGUCUGUCAGUAGCACCUUUCAUCUUCCAGCAGAGCUGUUUGCAUCUGUAGUGUGUGUUUUUUUUUUCUUUUUCUUUGGGUGUACCAGAGCAGGGAUUCAAUACAGCUAUGUCCGAAGAGGUUGAAGGAACGAGGACUUGUGAAGAGCAGCAGGAAAUGGAGGACAAAGUCAUCAGUCCAGAGAAAGCAGAGGAGGCCAAACUGAAGGCCAGGUAUCCAAACCUGGGAGCCAAGCCUGGAGGCUCAGACCUCCUCAGGAAAAGACUCCUUCAGAAGGGGCAAAAGUAUUUUGACUCUGGCGACUACAACAUGGCCAAGGCAAAGAUGAAGAAUAAACAGUUGCCAUCAGCCCCGACGGAGAAGACGGAGAUCACAGGCGGGCACAUCCCAACGCCUCAGGACCUGCCUCAAAGAAAGACUUCGAUUGUGGCCAGCAAACUGGCUGGUUGAUGGUUUUAUGUUUACUGUUUUUGUUAUCAUUCCAAACCCCCCCACGUCAUAAUCUACCUGCCGUUUACAUUUCUGUUUAUUUUUCACCUUUGUAUGUAUUCUCUAAGAACAAGUUAUGUACCAUGUUCUUGAGGAAGAAUUGGCGACUGUCAGGCGCUGAAUCGUCAAUGAGUCAAAUCCAACAAAGAAAAUGUUUCUCAAGAUUGUAAAAAAAGAAAAAAAAGAAAAAAGGACUGAGUAGUAAUUAAUUUCUGUACAUGAUAUCACACUCGUAAAUAUGAAUGGAUGUUAGUGGUAUCUUACUUUCACCGAACGUUUUCACUUUUAAAGAUGAGAUAUGCCUCCAUGCAUCAAACAGCAGCUUAAAGAGCCUGCGCAGAUUAUCUGGUGUCAUCACCACAAAGGCAUCUUUGUUCCACCGUGUCCCAGCGUUAUAAAUACUCGAGUUAUGACCACAGAGGAAGAGUGAGGUGGAAGUGUAAUUCACACUCAUGGAGGCAUGUCUGUUUAAACAGUGAAAAGUGAAGUAUUCUUGUUUUGUUUUUUUUGUUUUCUAAUCCUUCGAUUGUGUGUCCCUUCCUCUUUCUGUGACGCUGUUUUGAUUCUGUGUUUUGAAAGCACUGAAGGUUAGAUUACACAUACACACGCACAUGCUUUGUAGCCGGUUGUAUUUUAAUUCAUUUGCGUGACAUUGGUUUGCAAAGAUUUGCUGCUGGUCUCCAUCUCAUCCUGACCUCUAAAAAAUGGCCUUAAAAGUAAUGAACCCUCUUGAGCAAUAUUUGCUCCCUCAGUGAGAAUCUAUCUUAGUUUUGAAUUUUGCCUGAAAUGUCUGUCACUGUCUGACUGGAAUCACUUCGGAUUUUAUGGAAAGAAAACUCCCUUUGACGUGUCUGGAGUGUGCAUGUGCAUUUACUGUGCAGUCACACUGUGCCAUUUGUUUUGUAAAUAAAAUAGUUUUGCAUAAUAUCUUCUAAGUACACAUAUUCAA